CUUAUAUGAGAAUAGGUAAAGAGUUUUAAAUAUUUAGGCACGAUAAUGCUAGCAAAAAGGUAAUUUCACGAGGCUUUGAAUUACUACAAUAAGGCAAUAGAAGUUGAUGAAAGAUUUUGUUUUGCUUAUAUAGCCAAUCUGAUGAAUAAAAUAUAAAUAUUAAGAUAAUAAUUAACAGAAAAAUUGAGCAGGGAAUUUCAUUUUAUAAAUAUUUCAGAGGGAAAGAUUUAAAUAAAGUAGCAUUUCAUUUAUAUAAUUUUUUGACGAAACCUCUUUGGUAUUGAUGGUAAUACUUUUUUAGGUUAGCUUUAAAAAAAAAUUGA